AUGAGCAGCACGUUCCAACUCAAUGAGCUCACCGAGGAGAUUUUCGGGCAUUUGUGCAAUGUGGCGCUCACCAAGUGUAGCGAUAAGUUUGAGAAGAAGCGCGCCGGGUGCGGCGGACGCGCGAUGCGCAAACGUGUGCUGAUCAAAAACUUCGUGUCGGAUCUGUUCAAAAUGCCGAAAAAGCCGGCGAGCGCCGAGAUUAGCGAUGACGAGUUUGACGAGUUCGAGUCGGCCGCCGGCUCGACGUUUUUCGACGAGGAGUUGGACGAUGUGCGGAUCGAGGAUCUUCAUGGCUAUCCGAGCAGCAGUAGCGGUAGUAGCAAUGAUAAUAAUAACACGAUUCCGCCGCCGAAUGAGGAUUGUUGGCUUUCGCAAGCCGAUGUCUACUCGGGACACUAUGAGCAGGCGAGCUACGGAUUCGAGAUGGACAAGAGCUAUCCGAACGCGGUGCCCUACUCGUACGACAUCUACUCGAUGAUGUCGGAGCAGGCGAGUGAUGGCGAGUUGCCGCAGGCGAGCGAUCCGCUCGCCAGCAUCUCGUCGCUGAUGCAUCCGACGGCCGACGCGCUCUAUGGCGGCGUCGACAUGAUGGCCGACACGCGAUUCUACACCAAUGAUGAUUACUUUAUGACGACGAGCACCGAAGCGGCGACGGCGUAUGAUGAGUUGGAUCGUGGCGAGACCGUUGAGUUGACGGACUUGGACGCGAGCACCGGUCAAUCGCAAAUGUCGAAGAAGCGGCGAAGCGCUGACAUGUACGACGAGGAAUUUACGAACGCGUUCCAGAAGCGUAUAAAAAUCUAA